GACACCUUCAAAAUUUCUCCUCUACCUGACAUGUCUGCUCUUAGUGAACAUGGUUAGGAUGAAUGUUGUGAAAAAAGCACCGAUUGUGCAUCAAAAGAGGAGCUUUGUAUCAGCCGAUGUUGGUGAAAACUUGGUUUUACAAUGUCUUUUUGGAGACGAUGCUGCAAGAUAUUACUGGUAUAUUCAAAGAAUGGGAAAGAAGCUGGAGGUUAUCUGUGUUAGCUAUAAAAAAGAGACAAAUGCAACAUUUUUUGGUGACUUCAAGGACAACCCACGCUUCAGACUGGAAACUGAAGCUGGUCAGAGCCACUUCAAAAUUUCAAAUGUACAGCUUUCAGACACAGCAACCUACUUCUGUUCCACUAGUCUUUUGAUUGACUUUGAGUUUGGAGAGGGGACGACAGUGUGGGUGAAGGAUUCUGGAUUCCACAUCCAAGCUUCGGUUCAUCAGUCUGAAUCCGGAAGCAUCCAACCUGCAGGUUCUGCAACUCUGAGCUGCACAGUUUACAAUGGGACCUGUGAUGGAGAACAUAGUGUUUAUUGGUUCAAAGAUUCUAAGAAAAAUCAUCCAGAGUUAAUCUACACCCAUGGAGACGGGAAUGGUCAGUGUGAGAGAAAAACACACACCUGUGUAUACAACUUGCUGAUGGAGAACCUGAACAUGUCAGACGCUGGAACCUACUACUGUGCUGUCGCCUCAUGUGGACACAUUCUGUUUGGAAAAGGGACCAAACUGGAUGUUAAAAGUGAGCUGAACUCUCUGCACUUAGUUUAUAGUCUAAGCGUUGCUUUGACUUUUACCACCAUCCUGAAUGCUGUACUGGUUUUCUUACUGCGUAAGCGGUACAAGAGAGGCAACAGCCAAACAGAGUCUCAAGUCUAUGCUCAUUCAGCAGCAAAUGCAGAGGGUUACCAAGAUGCAGCUGACCUACAUUAUGCUGCUGUAAAUGUUCACCUGCCCAACAGACCAAGAAGACAGAGUACAAAAACUCGGACUGAAUGCAUUUACUCUGCGAUGAAGCAGUAGAUUGGAUGGAGCUGUUUGAAGAGAAUGGAAAUGAUAGGAGAAGAACUCAGGAGAAACACAUCUGAAAUAUGUGGUUACUUCUUUCUAAUUUUCUCA